AGAGGAGGAGGUGGAGGGAGGAGGGGGUGAUCUGUGGGACUGCAGCUUUUAGAAACAGACACACAACGAGCGGGGUUUCAUUCUCAGCCCAAAGCUUUGCUCAGGCACAGCCCAUUCUGGAGGAGAGGGGGACGCACCGCUCCGCCGUGUGUCCGUGUUGUUGUCAUCUCCGCCCCUAUCUGAUUAAACCCACAGAGCCCGCCGCUCCUCCGCGCCGUCACAUGCAAGAGAAGAGAGGGAUUUUUUUUUUCUCGGCCUCAAGAUUUCCAAGCGGACCCGUGGAGACUCCAGCUACUCUGCUUUGUGCCUCGCUCAUGAUGUCCUUUAAACACAGACAGUGAGCCGGUUUGAGUCAAUGUUGCUGCGUCCGGUGCGCUCUGCACACGCGUGGGUCAUGCUCCGCACCUGACAGCCCUUCUGCGCACUGCUCACCUCACACUUUCACCGGAGGAAAAACUUAAGAGUCGCCGCUCAAGAAGUUCCUCGCCGCUGCGGACUCGUCCCCACACGGACUGCUUUACACCAAAAUAUAGAAGUCCUCAUUUUUUUUUACCCCUACAAAGCUGCACUACCAAGGCGAAACGGCGACCUCAGUCGAUUACCUUUCUUUCCUUUGCUAUCCCAUGGAUAUUCACUGCAAAGCAGACCCCUUCUCGGCGAUGCACCUAUCCCACGCAGGGCAUGGCGGUGUGAACCAGCUCGGCGGGGUGUUCGUGAAUGGCAGACCCCUCCCGGACGUGGUGCGGCAGCGGAUCGUGGAGCUGGCCCACCAGGGCGUCCGGCCCUGCGACAUCUCCAGACAGCUACGGGUCAGUCACGGCUGUGUCAGCAAAAUCCUCGGCAGGUACUAUGAAACCGGCAGUAUUAAACCCGGAGUCAUCGGUGGCUCCAAACCAAAGGUCGCAACUCCGAAGGUGGUGGAUAAAAUAGCAGAUUACAAGCGCCAGAACCCGACCAUGUUCGCCUGGGAGAUCAGGGACCGACUACUGGCUGAGGGCGUCUGCGACAACGACACGGUCCCCAGCGUCUCCUCCAUCAACAGGAUUAUCCGCACCAAAGUCCAGCAGCAAUUCCACCCGUCCCCCGACGGAUCUGUUACGCCGCUCUCCACGCCCGGCCACACCAUAGUGCCCAGCACAGCCUCCCCCCCUGUGACCAGCGCCUCCAACGAUCCCGUAGGAUCCUAUUCCAUCAACGGCAUUCUGGGUAUCCCUCGCUCCAACGGCGAGAAGAGGAAACGAGAUGAAGUUCUCUGGAGUGGCAACCACUUGGAUGGAAGGAAAAUAGGACAUUAUGGCUCUGAUGGCUCAGGUCCCGGCAGCGACUCUCAGGGCAGUGUGGAGAGUUUAAGGAAGCAUCUGCGAGCAGAUGCCUUCACCCAGCAGCAGCUGGAGGCCCUGGACCGUGUGUUUGAACGUCCAUCUUACCCUGAUGUCUUUCCCACUUCAGAACACAUCAAACCUGAGCAGGCAAAUGAGUACUCUCUCCCGUCCCUGAACGCUGGCCUGGAAGACGUGAAGCCAAGCCUCUCCACCAGCGCCAGCUCCGACCUCGCCUCCAGUGUGUCCCAGAGCUACUCUGUUGUGACAGGUCGAGACAUGGCCAGUACCACCUUACCUGGCUACCCGCCUCAUGUCCCCCCAACAGGACAAGGCAGCUACCCCACCUCCACACUUGCUGGAAUGGUUCCUGGAGGGGACUUUUCUGGAAACCCUUACUCUCAUCCACAGUACACCACUUACAAUGAAGCUUGGCGGUUCAGCAAUCCAGCAUUACUAAGUUCCCCUUAUUAUUAUAGUGCCGCAUCCCGUGGCUCCGCACCUCCCACUGCUGCCACUGCCUAUGACCGCCACUAGUUACUACGGGGAGCAGCUCAAACUGCAGGGCCAGGGCUUCGGCCUCCAUAUUGUCCCCGUCUGAGAAACACUGCGGUCAAGGGAAAGUGAGGCGGAGUCCUAAAGGAAACACCCCCCCC